GGUUUUCUGUCUCUCACUCUUUCUCUCCCCUAACAUUUUGUACUACCCCCAUUAACCAUUACCAUACAUACAGACCCUCUCCUCCAUCACGCCACAAAACGCAUAUUCACAUAAUCAUCAUCAUCUUCUUCUUCAUCGAAGGUGUAUUCUGGAGUUUACCUUUUCUUUUUGUAUUGAUUGUUUUAGUGUUUGGACAGGUCAGUUUUUAUCUUCUUGUUGUCGUGUUUGAAGAGAUAGAGAGUGUUUUCUUUUUUUUUGGGGAAAAGGUCUGUGAUUUAUCUGUGUAUUGAGAUUCUGUGUGUUUGGGCUAAUUGGAACCAUGGAUCUGUCUGGGGGGAAGAAUCUAGAUUGAUUGAUAAGAAGAAGCUUUAAAGUUUCUUUUUUUUUUACCUUUACGUUCGAUCUAAUAAGAUCAUAUCUGUGUGAUUUGAGACCAAUUGGUUGAAGUUGUCUGUGAUGGAAGCUAGAAUAGAAGGUGAAGGUCAACAUUUCUAUGGGUAUAGAGGCAUGGAUGUGAGGUCUGUAGGUAAAAGGGGUGUGGAGUGGGAUUUGAAUGAUUGGAAAUGGGAUGGUGAUCUCUUUUUAGCUACACCGUUGAAUCCUGGUGUUAGCCAAACCAUGGGGCGUCAGUUUUUCCCACUAGGGAACUCCUCCAAUAGCUCUUCUUCUUGCUCUGAUGAAGGGAACAAUAAUAAUACAAGAGAAGUUGAGAAGAAAAGAAGAGCUGCUGCUACAGGGGAGGAUAAUAAUAAUAAUGCUGGUGGUGGUGGGCUUAGUUUGAAGCUAGGAGACAAUGGUUUUGAUCUUAAUGGUGAAAGAGAAGGGAGCUCUGCGGCUAAGAAGACCAAGUUUGGAGGAGGAGGUGUGUCAAAUCGCUCGGUUUGUCAGGUGGAGAAUUGUGAAGCUGAUCUUAGCAAAGUUAAAGAUUAUCAUAGACGUCAUAAGGUCUGUGAGAUGCAUUCUAAGGCUACUAGUGCAGUUGUCGGAGGCAUUAUGCAGCGGUUCUGUCAGCAAUGUAGUAGGUUCCAUGUUCUUCAGGAGUUUGAUGAAGGAAAGAGAAGCUGUCGUAGACGUUUGGCUGGGCACAAUAAACGUAGAAGAAAGACAAAUCCUGAACCUAGCGCUAAUGGGAAUCCUCUGAGUGAUGAUCAUCAAUCAAGCAAUUUGCUGCUGAUUAGUCUCUUGAAGAUACUCUCCAAUAUGCAUUCCAAUGGAUCAGACCAUCCCGGUGAUCAAGAGUUGAUGCCUCAUCUUCUGAAGAGCCUUGUCAGCCAUGCUGGUGAACAAUUAGGGAAAAACUUGGUUGAACUUCUUCUACAAGGAGGAUCUCAAGCUUCGGGUUUGCUUGCAGUUGAGCAAGCUCCUCAAGAGGAUUUAAAGCAAGCUCCUGAACUUCCUCGGCAGGAACUGUAUGCCAAUGGGAACAGAUCAGAAAAACAAGCCAAAGUAAAUGAUUUUGACUUGAAUGACAUCUAUAUAGACUCUGAUGAUGGGACAGAUCUCGAAAGAUCUUCUCCUCCUACUACUAAUCCAGCAACCAGUUCUCCUGAUUAUCCUUCGUGGAUACAUCAGACUAGUCCAACUCAGACAAGUAGGAACUCAGAUUCGGCAUCUGAUCAGUCACCAUCAAGUUCCAGCGAGGAUGCUCAGAUGCGUACAGGUCGCAUUGUGUUCAAACUAUUUGGGAAAGAGCCAAAUGAUUUUCCUGUUGUCUUGCGUGGACAGAUUCUUGACUGGUUAUCUCAUACUCCAACUGACAUUGAGAGCUACAUUAGGCCUGGUUGUAUUGUAUUAACCAUCUAUCUUCGUCAAGCUGAAACUGCUUGGGAAGAACUUUCUGAUGACAUGGGCUUUAGCUUGAGCAAGCUUCUAGAUCUCUCAGAUGAUCCUUUAUGGACAUCUGGAUGGAUUUAUGUUAGGAUGCAAAACCAAUAUGCAUUUGUAUUUGACGGUCAGGUUGUUGUUGACACUUCCUUACCGCUAAGAAGUCGUGAUUACAGCCACAUUAUUAGUGUUAGACCUCUCGCUGUAGCUGCAACAGGAAAGGCUCAGUUCACAGUAAAAGGCAUCAAUCUCCGUCGGCCUGGCACUAGGUUACUUUGUGCUGUAGAAGGAAAAUACUUAAUUCAGGAGACAACGAAAGAGAGAGACGAUCUCAAGGAGAGUAAUGAGAUUGUUGAGUGUGUCAGUUUCUCUUGUGAUUUGCCUUUAACAAGCGGUAGAGGAUUCAUGGAGAUUGAAGACCAAGGACUCAGCAGCAGUUUCUUCCCUUUCAUAGUGGUUGAAGAAGCUGACGUUUGUUCUGAGAUACGUUUACUUGAACCCACAUUAGAAUUCACUGGAACUGAUUCUGCUAAGCAAGCUAUGGAAUUCAUUCAUGAACUCGGUUGGCUACUUCACAAAAGUAAGCUUGGGGUAGCAGAUCCAAAUCCAGACGGUUUCUCAUUACCACGUUUCAAGUGGCUCGUCGAGUUCUCAAUGGACCGAGAGUGGUGCGCUGUGAUCAGAAAGCUAUUGAACAUGUUCUUUGAAGGAGCUGUUGGUGACUCCUCCUCUGAUGCCACGCUAUUAGAACUGUGCCUUCUUCACAGAGCCGUCAGGAAAAACUCUAAGCCUAUGGUGGAAAUGCUCUUGAGAUACGUUCCCAAGCAGCAAAGAAUUCACAGCUUGUUUAGACCCGAUGCUGCUGGUCCAGCAGGUUUGACACCUCUUCACAUCGCAGCCGGUAAAGAUGGUUCAGAAGAUGUGUUGGACGCUCUAACAGAAGAUCCCUCAAUGGUGGGAAUUGAAGCAUGGAGAACAUCUAGGGACAGCACAGGCUUCACACCAGAAGACUACGCACGCUUGCGCGGCCACUUCUCAUACAUCCACUUGAUUCAACGCAAGAACAAUAAAAAGUCAGCAACCGAAGAUCAUGUCGUGGUCAAUAUCCCUGCUUCUAUCUCAGAGAGGGAGCAGAAAGUACCAAAAUCAGGUUCUUCAGCCUUGGAAAUCACACAUGCUAACCACCAGCUUCAAUGCAAGCUCUGUGACCAUAAACUGGUGUAUGGGACAGCACGCCGGUCUGUAGCAUACAGACCAGCUAUGCUGUCAAUGGUGGCGAUUGCUGCAGUUUGCGUAUGUGUGGCACUUCUCUUCAAGAGUUGCCCAGAAGUGCUUUAUGUGUUUCAACCGUUCAGGUGGGAGUUGUUGGACUAUGGAACAAGAUGAGUGUUAAGUCUUUACGUUGAAGAAUGAAUAAAAAAUGUUUACUUAUAUAAAGGUGUGAUUUCUAUAUGUAACUAUAUGAGUAUAAGAUAUAGAUGCAUGUUUGAUUGAGAAGAUUGUUGUUGUGUGUAAAAGCCUACCUUUUCACUCUUGAACCUGAGGAUUCUCUUUCUGUAUCUCUGAUUAGUAUAUUUUUUUGUUGACAUAAUUAUAUUUUUGUACUUUUAACAUUGGAGCUGAUGUUGUACUAGUUUUUCUCUU